GGCGGUCCUGUCCCCGCCUCGCGAAAAGUCCCCCAUCGAAAAAGUAUUGAAUCGAUGACGUCACAAAAGAGAACGAGACAGUGGUGGAAGGGAGAGGUGUUGGACGGUCUAUACGUGGGGGCAGAGCGGCGCGGCAGUGUUGUAAAAAAAAAUGUUGCAAUUACAUUAAUUUAUUAUCGUCAUAAAUAGAUGCCAAGUGUCACCAGUGUUUGGGUAAAAAAACCGUUAAUCCCCUGACCCAGUGGAAUUGUGAUAAAAUCGAGUGUCUCCAGUUAUCUCCACAAAAUUUAAUUAUUCAUCGUCGUGAUACACAUACACGUGGGGAAAGAUUAACCAUCGGUGAUUCCUCUUUGGCAGCGAAAAUAUUUGGUAGUGCGACCCUGGGCCGUUGGCAAAACCAUCCACCUCACACAACACGGUGUCCAAGGGAAUUUCAUUUUCCAAAAAUCAUUCGACAUAAUCAGCAACUCGUUGCAGGUGAUUUUACAACAUUAAACAACAUUGAAAGAUCGUUCAAAGGACUUUGAAUCUGGCGAUUAAUCGAAGGGUCUGUCGAAAUAAUCGAUACAAAAAAUCAUUGACGAAUGAUGGAAGCAGUAACGGAGGAAUGAUAGGAUGCAAGAGGGUAGUACGGCCGUGGCGCUAGCAAUGGUGACUCCUGGCUAUGAUCAGGACCCUGCAAGCGGGGUAGCCGAUUAUACAGCGCAUCAGGAUCAGGCACAAUUUGAGGCCGACAAAAGGGCUGUAUACAAACAUCCAUUAUUUCCAUUGCUUGCAUUACUAUUCGAAAGAUGCGAGCAGGCAACACAAAGCUCCGACAAUUCCACGUCAGAAAGCUUCAACAUGGACAUACAAGCUUUUGUCCAACACCAAGAAAGAGACCGAAAGCCAUUUCUUAUAAAUGACCCCGAGAUUGACGGCUUGAUGAUCAAAGCCAUUCAGGUCCUACGGAUUCACUUACUCGAAUUGGAAAAAGUACAAGAAUUGUGCAAGGACUUUUGCAACAGGUAUAUUGGCUGUUUGAAGGGAAAAAUGCAGAGCGAAAAUUUAUUGAGAAGCGAUUACAGUCAUCACGGUCACGAUAUGGGACCAUCAAGUGGCAGCAAUGGCAGCAGUCCACUACAGGUGCUGUCAUCUACAGGCAAUGAUGUUGAGCCGGGAACUAACGGACUCGGAGUAAGCAGAGGUGAUGCACUUUCGGAGAAUGGGAGUACCUUCAGCCAGGGUGCCCUGCAGAUUGAUGGUAGCAUUGUCGAGAGGCCACCGAGAUCGGCAUCAAUUGCCCAGCACUCGGUGAGAUCAGACAGCCAGGAUCAGGAUGAUCCACCAUCGCCAUCCACUGUUCAUGGCAGCACACCCCUGUCACAAAUUGGUGCUCAUCCAUGUGCUUCUGUCAGUGACAUGUACCUUGGCCAAGAAAUCCUCUCAAUCCAUCCCUUGAUCCUAGAUCCCCUCAUUGAUAAAGACGUGUACUUGAACGAUAGAAUUUACGUUGAGGAGGCUGGUUAUUGGGGACUUGUGCCACUCCAGGAGCGUGAGAAUGAAUAUGGAGAUGUCUGUCACACUAACUACGAUAAAUACUUUGAUAUAACUGUCGCAGGCUCCCCUUCGCCAGCAGCGAGUGAUGACGAUGAGGAGGGCUGUGGGAAUGCUUCGUCGAGUCAUACUGGGGCCAAUGGGAGCAGUAGAAAGGGAGGCAGACAGAAACGAGGGGUUCUACCGAAACAGGCCACUAGCAUCAUGCGUGCGUGGCUGUUUCAACAUUUGGUUCAUCCUUAUCCAACAGAAGAUGAAAAACGACAGAUAGCGAGUCAAACGAAUCUGACUCUUCUCCAAGUUAACAAUUGGUUCAUAAAUGCACGUCGACGAAUCCUCCAGCCAAUGUUGGACGGUGCUGGCGCCGAGGCAUUGCCACGUACUGGAAAGAGGCACAAAGUCAUGAAGCACGUUGUACAACCUCAGUAUCACCUACAAUCAGUACAACAAAAUACUGGAUCAAGUCAAUUGUCUCAUCAGCAGGUACAACCAAGUGGUUGGCCAUCGGACGAUUCAGCGAGUGAUUCAGGAUCAAGCGACGGUGAUGGGGGUGCCAGAUCAAAGUAUGACAAUGAAAGCGAUGAGGACGAUAUUCACUGACCUUUGCCCUACAAAUCGACAUCGACCUCAUUGUGGUACCUUCGUAACCAGUUGCUCAUUACAGUAUUAAGGUAUUCGAGGUUAGAUAUCGCUUUAACUGUUAAAUACGUAAUCAUUCACGCGAUUAUCAGGGAUAUGUUGAGCCAGGUUGUCACGCUCUCGUGUGGACGACUGGCUAUCGUCAUUGUCAUCGAUAUUAAUUUUUUUUUUCUUCGUGCAAUCGUCAAAUUUGGGAAACAAUUGGUAGAGAUACUUGAGGUUUUUGGUGGAAAAUUCUCGUGAAUUUUAAUUGGACGGUGUCUUACUAUUCUGUUAUUACUUUGUUGAAGAUUAUUUCACUCUUCCUUAAAGAGAUUGAUUGAGAGAAUAUAGCUUUAGUCUUUAUGUUUCCGGGGGGGGGGGAAUUCUCGAGGACUAUUUUUCUCUGUUUUUCAUGUUUCAAACCAAAAUAAAAAGCUUUAAAAAAUUCCAAAAGCGCCUGAAUAAUCGAAUAAUUAUGCAGAGUAUAAAUCGUUCAUUUUUACUUCUUUUUCAAAAUGAAAAACUUGAAAAAAUGACGAAAAUGAUUGAGUUUUGGAGAUUUUUCAAAGGUUUUUAUUUGGAUUUUCCAAAAAUCCCAGCGAUUCCUAAAAAAUUAACGUGUAAAUAUUUUUGUCUAAAGACAUCUGUUGGAAGCUGUGAGAAGAAAGAAAAUAGAAAUUUUUGAUACAAUCCUCACAGAGCUCCACUAGAAUUUAUUAGAGAAUUUUUAAUUUUUUUAUUAGAAUGUUUUCACAUGUGAAAUAUUUUGUUCCUACAGUUCCUAAUGAUUUAUGACUACCACAGCUUCCUGCAAUCUUCCAAUUCUAUUCUAAUAUUCAAAGUACAGGUGAGACCAAUGUCACAAAAAAUUUAAAAACUUGAAAAAUUUUAUUGGAGCUCCGUAGUUAUUCUAUUAAAUAAUUCUAUCAGUGAUUUUCUUUCACUAUAUGAUGAAACAGUGAAUUAAAAGAGUUAAUAAGUCUUCAUUUCCCCAUUAAAAUUUGAUGAUAAAAUGAAAAAAAAUUAAUUGAAAAUUGCUUUUACGAUUAAUUUUAUUUGACACAAAUUUAUCUAUUUUCCUCCGUUCAAUUUUCUCUUAUUUCUAACGACAAAUUCGCUCUUCAAGAGUGUUUACUGUAAAACAACUUCAGCAGAAUGAUUUGCGCACAAAAAGAACUUUCCGAUAUUGUUUUUAGAGAAACACAUUUCAAAUUCUAACAGAUAACCGAUGAGAAUUCUUCUGAAAACCCAAUUUUUCUAUCAAUUAUUUUCAUUUACGUUUCACACGCGACAAUUAUUUUUUCCACCAAUUUCCAAUGAUUUAAAAUAGCUGAAGCUUCCCGCAAUCUUCCAAUUUCAUGUAUAUGAAGCAUAGAUGAAGUACCAGUUCCAAAACUCUGACAAAAAAAAAUUCUUUUUUACCUCAGAAUUCCAUUGUAAUGUGGGCAAAGCAAUGGCUUCGUUGAUGAGUAAUAAAAAAAUCAAUCAUUAUCGGAGUAAAAACCACAUUAACAGUGGAAUUAUUGAAUAAUGUACCCGUUAAGUUGAGUAAUAGUGCCAUCGGAGAGCGUGUCGACGUUUCAGGUAUAGUCUUUGUUCAGCUCUGCAUCGUCGUGACGUAGCAAAGUGCUGUCCCUCCAAGAUAAUAAUGAUAAAAUAAAAAAAACCUAAAAUUCCUUGAAUAAUAUAACUCUACUUAAAAUUCAAAAUAUAUAACAAUUAUAUUUUUAAACUCUAUGUGUCGUCUCGAUGCAUGUGCCGCAGCGGUAAUUUUUUCAAGAGGCGCAACGGUACUUGCUGUACAUAAUUAAUAUACCGAGCGUUUAUUAGGAAUUUAAUGUUAAAAUUGAAUAUUAAACGACCGUUUUUAAGACUUAAACUGCGAAGAACAAAACUUAAAAUAAUAUUGAUAUUCGUAAUGAUAGAGGUAAAUAAUCAAGAUAGUUAUUGUAAUGAUGAUAAAUUCACGGAUAUAAUUUGUUUUUUUUUUCCUUUUUUUUCUCGUUAUUUCAAAAUUAUUUUCACUGCGACAAUGAUAUUUAUGCACGCCAGUUUUUUUUUCAUUGGAGAAUUGCAUGUAUACACUGUCUGCAAACGAUUGUUCAGAGGUUUUCCUGAAUUAAUGAUCAACGCUCCGUCCAGUGCGGUUCAAUAUAUUCCAAUUAAUUUCAUAAUUGAUAAUUUUUCGAGUGCUACAGAUGGUCAAAUGAUAUUUUUGAUAUUCUUGGUGGUGGUAUGAACACUGUACAUUUUCAUUGGUAAUUGAUGCUUGAUGAUGUUGCGUGCUGAGUGGAAAAAGGUCAUAAUUAUCAUUUCCAAUGAAAAAAAAUCAAGAUCUUGAUGAUUUUUUUUUUUUAAAUAUAUUUUUCGAUGUAUGAAAAGUUUCGUAGUAAAUCUUCAAAUAGUCUGGGAGAGUUAUAACAACUAUAUUAAUUGUUAAAGUGGUUCAUUACGCGUGGGAUUAAAUGAGAUAUCGAUAAUUUAGUUGGGUUUCUACAUUAUCGACCGCCGGUAAUGUAGAAAAAUACAGCAAUUACCGCGGUCUCAUUCAAUCUUAUGCCUUAGUGGUAACUUUAGAAAUUAUUUUCAGUUCGACUAUUCUCGUAGGCUAUCGCAGAUUUUGAAUAUAGUAUUAAAGACUUUCGAGGAAAUUAUUUACAAAAAAUCAUCCAUUUCUUGACUUUUAAAGUCCUCCCUGACCGCGCCAUAAAUACCUUAAGGUGAAGUAGAACCCCAGUGUCUACAUGAACUUUUGGAACUGUAUUUUCUCCUACAAUUAUUAUUCUUCAACUAUGAAUGUACUUUAUUAACUAAAUAACGAAAUAAUCACGUCGAUGAAGGACUUUUGUAUGUAAUAGUGAAUAAUUAUAGGAAUUAAUACGAGCCUAAACAUUUAUAUGUACCAAGAGGGUUCAGAGAGAGUUCAAUCAAAAAUCUCGAAAUGAUCAGUAGGACCUUUUUCCACACAUCACGUUGUGAUUAUAUUGUUUGGAGACAGUGGAGGGGGUACAGUACGUCGCACGGAAAUUAUGUUUAUUUCAUCUGCUGUUCAUCGGUUGUACAACGAAUCAUGUAAUGUCCGUUGCAUUGUGGGUGCUGUACUCGAUUAUACAUUUAUUCAUUUGAUGGGAAAGUGGUGGAAGGUGAUCAGUAAUUUUUUUGGUUCAUCAAUUAAUUUCUUUUCAGAGAAAAUGGAAACCCUCUGUCUACAGGAUUUUUUGGAAUUAUAAUUUCUUUCAACAAUACAACAAUAACAGUCAUUAAGAGUUAUGUUUUAUCAAAGGACUAUUUCAUCAUUUUGACCGUAGCAUUAUUGACGCAAUGGAGUAGAUUGAUAAAUAACAAUAUUAGCCGGCCAAAUCAUAAUUGUAAAAAUUCUUGUAGACUGAGGGGUUCUGUUUCACUUAAAGAAUUUGAAAUAAUUAUUUUUUAUAUAAUUUUUAAGAAAGACUAGUCAAGAUAUUUUGACUGCGAAAAAUUCCAAAUUUUCCGGAAGCUCCUCAUCAUCGAGACUAUUUUUCAGUGGUAAUAAUUCUCCAAUUGCAUUCUCCACUUUCCCAUCGAAUUAUUUUCACCCAAAAAAAUAGAAAAAACACGACGAUUUAACUAUGAACAUGUAAAAGUAUAGGUUUUAAGGCUGAACCAUGUAUACGUAUGUGCUGCGGCACCAGACGACUGUGAUAGCUCGGUGGGCGGUGCCCGGCCUCCCAAUUCACAAACUGCACAUUCAUGAAAAUAAUACUGCUCUACCACAUCUUGGGAAGUGAAUGAAAAAAAAACCAACAAUUUAAUGACAAUUAGUAAUAAGCGACAAGGUGCAAAGUGCAUUGCACUUCAUGCGUUGACUGAUAAAAAUGUAAACAUAAUUGACAAAAGAAAUUUAACAGAUAUCCUCGAUUAAUUUAAGCCCUUGUAACACUGACUGUUAAAAAUGAAUUUUCGUAAUCUUCCCCCUCAAAAACAUUAUCGAAGUAAUGCCGAGCACCACCUCGAGGCAUCCAUUGAGAUUCAAACGAAUAUGUAAAUGAUGAGUGGAGAAUGAUUGCCAUUAAUUACUUGUAACUUAAUUUCUCUGAAUUAAUAUGAUAAUUUUCAGAGAAACGUUGAUUGUUUAAAACCAUUCUUCCGAUGAAAAACAAAAUAUUUCCAAUAAUAUUCGUAUAUUUGAUUAUUGUUUUCCUGAAUGACGUAUUGAAAAUAUGAUAUGUUCUGCCUACUCCGUACACCCAGAAAUGGUUAAAUAAAAAUCAAAUUGAAAAUAAAAAAUAAUGAAAAUAUAGAGAAAUCGAGAACAAAUUUUUCAAAGUAAUACUAUACGAUAUGGAAUUAUUAAUAAAUAUACCUUAUGAAUAAAUGCAUUGCCUAAUUGAUAAGAGAACAAUUGAUUACACGAUAAUUAAUUGAAUAAUUAUGUUCCUCGUGUACAUCUCUACGCCAUGUUAAUUAAGUUUAUUGAUAAUAAAUGCCAUCACGCUUGCAAUGAA